UACGAUCAGAGAGGACAGACGUAUAAUAAAAAGCUGUUAAUAAGCCUGUGAUUUAAAAUAUAGAUACAUAAUAAAUAAAGAACAUAUUUGCUACUACAAAUUCAGAAGUGGUUCGAGAUUUACGCCAUGGAUGAAGUGAACAUUAAUAGUUUUCGCACGGUUCAAUUAAAAAAUUGGUUAGCCGUCUUGGGACUGCCGACAACAGGCAGCAAAGCUGAUUUAGUGGCGCGAAUUAACCAGGUCCCGUUAAUGGGCCGAGGCUGUGCACCGGCGGUAACUGAUGACAGUGACCCAGAAUCGGAGGAAGGGCAAGUUAAUCCAAUGAUACAAAGCUGCCAAAACGGAGAUCUAGAUGCCAACAACAGUAUCAACGAAGACCCAGAUUUGCAGCAACAAAAUUUGCCAGACGAGAGAGGUGACGCCGCAGCGACAAAUUUCGGAAAUUUUAACGGAAUGCUCAAUAUAAUAAGAAAGCUGGAAGCAGAAGUCAAGGCCAACAGCGAGCGUCUUCAAGCACAAGCGCGACACGACGGCGCUGCCGAAGUUGGCGCCAGAAGCCCAGACAUUGCCGACAGCGACAACAGAGGCGCGCAGAUAAACGAUGAGCAACAAAAGGGGUCGUUUGCGCUAGCGAAAGAAAUCGCUGUUGACUUCGAUGGACAAGACUGUGCAAGCAAGUGGAUCGGACAAUUGAAGAGCAUUGCGCAGGUUUUCGAGUUGAACGAGACUUGUGUGCGCAUGUUGUUUGUGGCAAAACUAAAGGGUGCUGCAAAACGUUGGAUUCAAGCGAACCCAACUCGUUUGAUCGAACCGUUCGAACAGCUGUGCGAACAUUUAAUUUUGUCGUUUGGUCAAACAUGUUCGAAGGCAACCUUGCGACGAAAUUUCGAGCAGCGGAUGUGGCAACGCCAGGAAAAGUUUGCCACUUAUUUCGAAGCGAAGAUGACUUUAGCAGAAAAUAUAAAUUUGGAUACAGAGGAGCUAUUGGAGCAUCUGAUUGAAGGCAUCUCGUCAGAUAUUUUGCGUGAUCAGGCACGCAUACGAUGUUUUACGGAUCCGAUGGAGUUGCUUAAGGCGUUUACCAAUAUCCAGUUGCCGAAUGUGAAAUCGACAGCUGAUUGGGUGAAACCACCAAUCGUUAAGAAGAGCGCUGAUGGAAAGGAAUGGCGCUGUUAUAAUUGCAACGCGGUAAACCGAAGAGACCACCCGGUUCGUGUUAUGGAUGUGGCGUUGAUGGUCACUUCAUUGCCCAAUGCCCAAAGAGAAAAGUGCGCCGAGGAGACGACGAUGACUAUAAUGCCUCAUAGACUCAGGAAGCAGUACAUCAAUAAUUAAAAAAUCAAAGGUGCCGGCUGGAAUUUGCCUACAUCCUGUUUUGAAGUCAUAUUUUGGAGUAAAUAAAAGUCCAUUGAGAAUACAUGGCAAAAUUUUCUGUUUCAUAAUUAAAAAUAAAGUAAA